UGGAGGCCUUCUGCCGACUGCCUGGUUAAAAGAGACAUACGGCACCGCAUACAAUUCCCUUUGCCGUUGUGCCAAACCAUGAUCCCCAUGGAUCCUUCACGAUAUUAUGUACUGGUCGAGUUUGCCGUCCGCCAUUUGGACUUUUUAGCGGCCGAACUGGCCUCGGUUUUGCGUCUGCACGGUAUCACGUACGGAAGUCCGGAUUGCCGUGUCGAGACGUUGCCCCAGCUCGGACCGCAUCCUACCAACAGUACUGCGAUAGAGAAUUGCAGUCAUGUUGACCACAAGAACACUGUGCAAGAUCAACAACGACGGAACGAAAAACGGCAACGGCCGUUUUGUAUACUAUCCUUUCCCUUUGACGCACCCUGUGUUCCGCGUCUGGAAAUGCUUGCCGACGAAGUGGACUCUGCCAAAAACCUAGCAACAUCGUCAAAAUCACAGACUUCAUCCGAAACCAUUGGGAACAUUAUUUUAUCUCGCUGUGUUUUGGUGCGUAGUGUCAUGGAAUUGUGGGGCUAUGGACCGAGCUUGGACGAUUGCGUCGAGCAGGUUCGGCAGUGGACCGACGUAAGCAGUGGCAGUACUACUGCAAGCACCCUCACCACUACCAAUUGUCAACACUCUUAUCAAAAACUUGUACGGGACCAUGGUCGUAGUUGGAAACUUACCGUGCAUACGCUAGGCUGCACGUAUAGCCGAGAGGUGCAAGAAGCCAUGAGGUCGCGGUUCCAAUUUCUGGCCUUGCCCGGGCCAGUGCAAAUGAAUGAUCCGACCGAUGAAUACGUACUGAUUCGGGAGACCGAACUGGACGACCACGGGAGUCCACUGCCGGGAGGAAGCAUCGAUAGUGCUGCAUCCGGUACGAAUCCACCACGGACUCGGUAUAAGCCAAACGAUUCGGUGUCUUGCUGCUACUUUGGACGCGCACUGGGCGGCACACGACAAACGAAACACCGCGGCGAUGUGAGUCGAUUCAGUUUGAAAUCACGGGCCUAUUUAGGACCAACCAGUAUGGAUGCUGAGCUAUCCUUCGUCAUGGCCAAUUUGGCUGGUGUAGGCCAGUCUUCCGUUGUAUUGGAUCCAUUUGUUGGAACGGGUUCAAUCUUGGUCAGUUGCGCCGCCCGUGGAGCAUACUGUGUUGGUACUGACAUUGACAUUCGCGUAUUGCGGGGUAAAGGUGAAAAUUCCAACGUGGUGAGCAAUUUUCGUCAAUUUGAUCUACCGCGCCCAGAACUGAUCCGAUCCGACAACGCCAUCUACCAACGUCACUUUCGACGUACACACAUACCCAUGUACAACGCCAUUGUGACGGAUCCACCAUACGGGAUCCGGGCUGGGGCGCGGAAGAGCGGUUCUAGAUUGGAUCAACCUCGACCAGUGCUGGAGUCAAACCGACACAAUCACAUUGCCCAGACAAAGCCCUACGUCGUUUCCGAUGUAAUGGUAGAUUUGCUGGACGUGGCUGCCCGGACGCUUGUUCUAGGUGGACGACUUGUGUACGUGAUUCCUUCUUUUCGAGAUUUUGAGCCGGAAAGUGAUUUACCACGCCACGAAUGCUUAAAAACCGUACACAUUUGUUAUCAGCCUUUGUCGGCUGAGUUGGGUCGUCGCGUUGUAGUCAUGCAAAAGCAAAGUGAGUAUGAUCCAACUCAGCGAAAAACCUACCUAGCGAAGAGUUGGAAAAACGGUGCGAAAUCAGCAGAGAGGUGCGCGAACAUUCGCGACAAAAUUAUGGAAGCCGCCAAGCUGAAACCUAACUACCAAGAACGAGCCGCUGUCAGGAAACAAAAAAGGAAAAUUCACAAGGAAGAAAAAAAACGAGUCAAGCUAGAAAAAGUAGAGAUGUCCUAG